UCGGAGAUGGCUAAAUCUCAAUUUAGCUGCGCAACCUUCUUUGCCCUGCUCAUCUGCUUCCUCCUCCUCGUACCAAAUAAGAUGCCAAUGGCUGAAGCUACAUUUUGCAAGAGGCCUGCCAAGAACUGGUCCGGGGAUUGUUCCUCUGACAGGUGCUACAAUUAUUGCAAGUACACAGAGCAUGUUUACUCCGGAGAAUGUAUUUGGACUGGCAGUGGUCAGCAUCGUUAUCAUGCUUGCUACUGUGUCUACAACUGUUGAAAGCCUACUAUUUUCU